AGCAGUUUUGGCUCAGUCAGGCGCUCUCGGGGCCCGAGACGCCAGCUCGACAGGUGCUGCGACCCCACGCUGGCCUUUCAGCCAAGACCAGACAGCUCUGUUCUGCAUCGGCCCUUGGUCAAUGGCGCUCUCCACGCCACUCACGAAGCUCUUCGGCAUCAAGCAUCCUGUGAUGCUGGCAGGGAUGGCAGGCGCAGCUGGCCCCUGCCUGGCCGCAGCGGUAUCAAAUGCGGGGGGCAUCGGCAGCAUUGGCGGGGUGGGUUUCCAGCCCGACUCGCUGCGGAAGCAAAUCGCCACACGGCCGCUUUGCAACCUUAUGGGCCACCGGGCUCAAGCACACCC